CUUAGACAGACACCACAUAUCUUUGCUUGUAUGCAGAAGGAUUGAACACUACAUUCGUCCCUAAUAGGCCUAUCACGACACAUUAAGCCUGUUCACGGACGCUUUGCGCCGAGGGCCGUGUCAGUGGAUGCCUUGAACGAACGGCUCGGUCAGUCAUGAGCGUCUUGCUCGAAACCUCCUUGGGCGAGGUUGUCAUAGACCUUCUGGUUGACACUGCGCCCAAAUGUUGUGAGAACUUUUUGAAAUUAUGCAAAGUCAAAUAUUACAAUUUUUCCCCAAUCCAUUCAGUCCAAAAGGGCUUUUCUUGUCAGACAGGAGAUCCUCUAGGCCCCGAUUCAGCCGAAAGUGAUGGGGGGAGUUCCAUCUGGGGCCUUUUGUCCGGUCCCUCAAAGAAAAGCUUCGUCGCGGAAAUCGAUCCGAAAGUGAAGCAUGCCCAGCGUGGUACAGUCAGUAUGGCUACCGUGCCUUCGCCAAAUGAUCCAGAUGAGCGGCUUGCUGGCAGUCAAUUCAUCAUUACACUGGGCGACGACAUCGACUAUCUUGACGGCAAAGCAGCGCCAUUUGGUAUGGUCGUUGAAGGAUUUGACACUCUGGAAAAGAUCAAUGACGCUUUCACGGACUCUAAUGGCAGGCCCUUGAAGGAUAUCCGGAUUCGUCACACAAUCAUACUCGAAGACCCUUACGAAGAUCCUUCCGGUCUCACCAUUCCCGACUCAAGUCCGGCUCCUACCAAGGCCCAGCUUGCCACAGUCAGAAUCGCUGAUGAUGAGGAAUUGGAUGAAGAUAUGGACGAGGCAGCCAUGGAAAAGCUGCGCAGAGAAAGAGAAGCGCGGGCACAGGCUCUGACGCUUGAAAUGGUAGGAGACUUGCCCUUUGCAGAAGUGAAACCUCCUGAAAAUGUCUUAUUUGUGUGCAAACUGAAUCCGGUGACCCAUGAUGAAGAUCUAGAACUGAUCUUCAGCCGUUUCGGGAAGAUUCUUUCGUGCGAAGUCAUAAGGGACAAGCGGACAGGCGACAGUCUGCAGUAUGCAUUCAUUGAGUUCGAAAAUCAAAAGGACUGCGAACAAGCAUACUUCAAGAUGCAGGGAGUCCUCAUCGACGAUCAUCGCAUUCAUGUGGACUUUUCGCAAAGCGUGUCGAAAUUAUCGGACGUUUGGAGGAACGCAACGAACUCAAAGAGAGCACGACAUUCUGGAGGUUUCGGCGGCAUUGCAGAUUUGGAAAAGAAACGCCACUACCGGGACCAGGAUGGAGGAGCUCGGAAUGGACGAGGCUAUCGAAUGGUCUUCGACAGAGAGGACAUUCGGCGGAAAGGCGAUACUCACCCAGCAAGAGACUCUCGCAGAUCUCGGAGCAGAAGUCCACAACAUGACAUAGGGUCACCCAAAUACGGCGAUCGCCGGGACAGAGACAGGGAUACGUACCAAGACCGCGAAAGGACGUAUCGGAAUUCGGAUCGUGAUAACGAGAGAGAUGCGGACAGGCAUAACAGGAGGGACAGGGAUAGGGACAGAGACAGAGACCACCGGGCAGACAGAUACAGAUGAUGUCUUCCGAUCAUGCUUGUGUGAUGUAUAACAUGUACCAGUGAUACGAAAAGAAGAGACGAGUGAUACCCUGACAGCAAAGUACCUAGAUACUUACACAGUCUGUUGUUUUGUGUAGCGGAACGUAUCUUUUGCUGGAGCUGUACAAGUACAUUGGAAGAGUAGUAGUAGUACCUAAGGUACUACUUUAGUAGGUUUGGACCAAUGCCCUGUCAUAUGUCAGCACGAGGCUGCAGGC